AUGGAAUGCGAUAAGGCUCGUGCCAUUAGUAUUGUUCGAAGUGCGGAACUUGCACAUCCCGGUCUCCCUUUAGUUGAAGCAUUCCUCGGUGAUGCCAUAGAUGGCGAGCAGGCUGCAAGAUAUUUGUCACAAACUUACGUCGAUGAUAGAAGUAAUUUUAACUUUGUACAAUUCCUAAAAGAUUGGAAAGAUCUGCUAAGGCUUUUCCAUGUGGAAUCUUCCCACUUGAGAAAUCUGAGCUGGGCUCUGAAGAGAAGAGUUGCGAAAAGAGAUAAAUGCCGAUGCUGUCUGAACGGCGUGCGAUGUCGAUUCUGGAGCAAUUGGAAUGUGUUUCCCAUUAUACCUCCGACUGCACUUUGUAUGAAGGAAUUAGGGCAAACAAACCCGAUUGCAUAUCAAAGGUUAUUUGAUAUGCUUGGUGCAUUUACUACAUCUUUCCACCAAGACCUGCUCAAAGACAAAACUCUAGAGAAUCAGAUUCGUAAUCAUUGGGUUUUGAGCAAGGAUGCGGCAAUGACCCUUUCGAGAGGGUACAGCAUCCUGUAUAACAAUAUUGGCGGCAAUGUUCCAGCGAUGUAUACGUACAGCCAACAAGUCAAGUGGAAAUGUGAUCUAGUUGAUCACUCAAACUCUGGAAUUGAGAGUCCUGACCCGUAUCUUCUCGAAAUACAGUCUCGGCUCUCCAAGGCUCUAAAGUGGGCUGAAAUUGAUACGAAGAUAAACAGUCGCCCAUCCUUACGCCGAAGUCAAAACACAAGUAGCAGUUCUUUCAGAGCAUCGAUCACUACUACCUUUCUCGUUAUGUGGUCUAAGUUCCCUGAAUUUAUCCGAUUCAAGACCUACCGAGUUUUGAGAACUGCUGGAUCAUAUCUCUAUGGAUCUCCCAUGAGAGGAGUUCAAAGGCUACCAUUCGGAAUGUACCUCAAAUAUGGUCCAGAAUACGACGCUGAUAACCACGCCGGAGAAUUCAACGCUCUUAAAAUUGUGCGAAGUCGGACUUCCAUCCCUGUUCCAAAUCCCAUAGAUCUCUUAGUCUCACUCACUGAGUCCUUUCUUGUGAUGUCCCGCAUCGAAGGUGUACCUGCUGGACACGCUAUAGACGAAUGCAGUGACGAGGAGGUGCAUCAGAUGGCUCAAGAUCUACGUUCCUACAUCGCGGAGUUACAUACCAUAGAACAGAACAAAGACUCCAAAUACGCCAUCACCAGCGCAACCGGGGGUCCUUGUUUGGACUACCGUAUCGAUAGUGAGCCAGUAGGUCCUUUUCCCACCGAGAAAGAAUUCAGUGAAUCAUUGCAGUUGGGGAUACUUCCUGGAUUGAUGCAUCGUACUGAUCACAAGAUAUUCUUUACGCACGCGGAUUUGAAUAUGAGAAACAUCUUGGUCAAGGAUGGGAAGAUCUCCGGCAUUGUAGAUUGGGAGAAUUCCGGAUGGUAUCCUGAAUAUUGGGAAUAUACCAAGUGCCGUUUUUCGAUGAUAGAUGAGACAUUUGAGGAUAAGUAUGAGGAGGAGUUGGCGAUUGAUAGACAAUAUUGGGAUUACCAAAGCGCUUGGUAG